GCCGUUGGUCGCGGGCAGCCCGAAGGGAGAGCCGGGGCGGGCGGGGGAUACGGGGUGGCUGUGGCGGCGGCGGCGGCUGGAGGAGGCGGGCGCGACGAGCUGGCGGCCGCGGCAGCAGCGGCAGACCCCGGAGUCCUUCCGUGAAGCGCCCCCGCGGGCCCUUGGGUGAGGGCGGCCGGCACGCGGGCCGCCGAGGAGCCGCUCCCCCGGCGCCGCAGCCCUUCGGACUCGCGCUCCCAUCCUCGCGCUCCGGUUCCUCCAUCUUGGCCUCGGCAGUGGCGGCUGCAGGGAGGAUGUGCCGCCUUCUGGCCGGGGGAAGAAGGAGGAGAAGAUGAAGAAGUACCGGCGGGCCUUGGCCCUGGUCUCUUGCCUCUCUCUGUGUUCCCUGGUCUGGCUUCCCAGUUGGCGUGUGUCUUGUAAAGAGAGUUCUUCAGCUUCAGCUUCAUCAUAUUACUCUCAAGAUGACAGUUGCGCGCUAGAAAAUGAAGAUGUACAAUUCCAGAAAAAGGAUGAACGAGAGGGACCUAUCAGUGCCGAAUUAUCGGGAAAAGUGGGUUCAAACUUACCUGUUCCUCCAGAAGAACAUAAGUUAAAAGAUGACUAUGUUGUGGAAGUACCAAAUAUGGAGUCAAAAACGUUAAGUCCACCUGUGAUUGAGACACACUCUACAAUUGAUCUACAUGAAGAUUCUUCCGGUUUAGUGGGCAGUGAAAACAUUGAAAAUAUUUCCAGUUCAUCUACCUCAGAGAUCAUUCCAAUCUCAAAACUUGAUGAAAUAGAAAAAUCUGGUACUAUUCUUAUAGCCAAGCCACACGAAACUGAGCAACCUGAAACUGACUGUGAAGUUGGUGAGGCCCUGGAUGCCAGUGUUCCCACUGACCAGCCUUCCUUUGUCAGUCCCCAUGAAAGCCUUGUUGGCCAGCAUAUAGAAAAUGUGUCCUCUGCACAUGGUAAAGGAAAGAUAACAAAAUCAGAAUUUGCAUCAAAAGUUUCAGCAAGUGAUCAGGGUGGUGGUGAUCCAAAAUCUGCAUUGAAUGCUUCAGAUAAUUUAAAUUUAAAAAAUGAGAGUUCUGAUUAUAUAAAACCAGAAGAAAUUGACCCUGCAUCUGUGACAAGUCCCAAAGACCCAGAAGAUAUACCAACAUUUGAUGAGUGGAAGAAAAAAGUUAUGGAAGUAGAAAAAGAAAAAAGUUUGUCUGCAGGUCAGUCGAUGCAUGCAUCUUCUAAUGGAGGUCUACAUGCCACAAAAAAGGUCCAGAAAAAUCGAAAUAAUUAUGCCUCAGUAGAAUGUGGUGCCAAAAUUUUGGCAGCUAAUCCAGAAGCCAAGAGUACAUCUGCUAUUCUUAUAGAAAAUAUGGAUCUUUAUAUGUUGAAUCCUUGCAGCACUAAGAUUUGGUUUGUUAUUGAACUUUGUGAACCAAUUCAAGUAAAGCAGUUUGAUAUUGCAAAUUAUGAAUUAUUUUCUUCUACCCCUAAAGACUUUCUGGUUUCUAUCAGUGACAGGUAUCCCACAAAUAAGUGGAUUAAACUAGGGACUUUCCAUGGUAGAGAUGAGAGGAACGUCCAGAGUUUCCCUUUAGAUGAACAGAUGUAUGCAAAAUAUGUGAAGAUGUUCAUCAAGUACAUAAAGGUGGAGUUGGUAUCCCAUUUUGGAUCAGAGCACUUUUGUCCAUUAAGCCUUAUAAGGGUAUUUGGCACUAGCAUGGUGGAAGAAUAUGAAGAGAUUGCUGAUUCCCAGUAUCAGUCAGAACGGCAAGAAUUAUUUGAUGAGGAGUAUGAUUAUCCAUUGGACUAUAAUACUGGGGAGGAUAAAGCCUCAAAAAACCUUCUUGGUUCCGCUACAAAUGCCAUUCUAAAUAUGGUGAAUAUUGCCGCUAAUAUUCUUGGAGCAAAAUCUGAAGACCUGACAGAAGGAAAUAAAAGUAUAUCUGAGAAUGCCACUGCUGCAGCUGCACCCAAAAUGCCUGAAUCCGCUCCUGUUUCAACUCCUGUUCCUUCACCUAUGUUUGUAAACACUGAAGAACAGAGACAUGACACAGAGCCAUCAUCACCAGAUACUCCAAAAGAGAGCCCCAUUGUACAGCUAGUUCAAGAGGACGAAGAAGAGGCAAGUCCAUCUACGGUGACCCUUCUGGGUAGCGGAGAACAGGAGGAUGAAUCAUCACCCUGGUUUGAGGCAGAGACACAAAUAUUUUGCAGUGAACUGACUACAAUUUGUUGCAUUUCUAGUUUUACAGAAUACAUAUAUAAAAGGUGCUCAGUUAGAGUUGCUCUUUAUCGACAGCGCAGCAGAACUGCUGUGAGUGAAGGAAAAGAUGAUCUUGUGUUAGCUCAACCAUCAAUACCACUCCCUGCAGAAUCAGUAGAUGUUUCGGUAUUACAGCCUCCUGGUGGAGAAUUGGACAGUAAGAAUAAGGAAAAGGAAGCUGAAACUGUUGUUGUAGGUGACUUAAGCAGCAUGCACCAAGGUGAUUUGAUUAAUCACACUGUAGAUGUAAUUGAACUUGAACCGAGCCGUCCACAAACUCUUUCUCAGUCACUUCACUUAGAUGUUACUCCAGAAAUCAAUUCAUUAUCUAAAAUAGAAGUAUCUGAGCCUAUUAAAUAUGAAGCAGGACACACACCAUCACAAGUGAUUCCCCAGGAGAGUUCUGCUGAGGUUGAUAAUGCAAUAGAAAAGAAGUCAGAGAGUUUUAGUUCUACAGAGAAGCCAACUGUGAUGAUCUAUGAAACUAAACACAGUGAAGUAAUAGAUAGGACUGUAAAAGAAGACAUAAACUCCAUGCAAAUUAUUACAAAGCUAUCUGAAACAGUAGUGCCACCUAUAAACACAGCUGCCGUGCCAGACAGUGAAGAUGGGGAAGCCAAAAUGAACAUAGCUGACACACCAAAGCAAAUGUUGACUCCUGUUGUGGAAUCUUCUUCCUUACCUGAAGUGAAAGAGGAAGAACAAUCUCCAGAAGAUGCCCUUUUAAGAGGGUUACAGAGGACAGCUACAGAUUUUUAUGCUGAAUUGCAAAAUUCUACAGAUCUAGGAUAUGCUAAUGGAAAUCUUGUGCAUGGAUCAAACCAAAAGGAGUCGGUAUUCAUGAGACUUAAUAAUCGUAUUAAAGCCUUAGAAGUUAACAUGUCUCUCAGUGGUCGAUAUCUGGAGGAGCUUAGCCAAAGGUAUCGAAAACAAAUGGAAGAAAUGCAAAAGGCUUUCAAUAAGACAAUAAUAAAACUCCAGAAUACUUCAAGAAUAGCAGAGGAGCAGGAUCAGCGGCAAACUGAAUCCAUCCAGUUGCUGCAGGCCCAGCUGACCAACAUGACACAGCUUGUAUCAAACUUAUCAGCAACAGUAGCCGAAUUGAAACGGGAGGUUUCAGAUCGGCAGAGCUAUCUCAUCACUUCUUUGGUUCUUUGUGUGGUCUUGGGAUUGAUGCUUUGUAUGCAGCGCUGUCGAAACACCUCUCAAUUUGAUGGAGAUUACAGUUCAAGACUUCCUAAAAGUAAUCAGUAUCCAAGCCCUAAAAGGUGUUUCUCUUCCUAUGAUGAUAUGAAUUUGAAAAGGAGAACUUCAUUUCCACUCAUCAGAUCCAAGUCUCUACAGCUAACUGGCAAAGAAGUAGACCCAAAUGCUUUGUACAUUGUAGAACCCCUCAAGUUCUCUCCAGAAAAAAAGAAGAAACGCUGCAAGUACAAAACAGAAAAAAUUGAGACCAUAAAGCCGGCAGACCCAUCACACCCUGUAGCCAAUGGAGACAUAAAAGGAAGGAAGCCCUUCACGAACCAGAGAGACUUUUCUCACGUGGGAGAAGUGUAUCACUCUUCUUACAAAGGUCCUCCCUCAGAAGGGAGCUCAGAAACUUCGUCACAGUCAGAAGAGUCUUAUUUUUGUGGCAUUUCAGCUUGCACAAGUCUGUGCAAUGGACAGUCCCAAAAAACAAAAACUGAGAAGAGGGCUUUAAAACGAAGGCGCUCUAAAGUCCAAGACCAAGGGAAGUUGAUAAAGACUCUGAUACAGACUAAGUCAGGGUCAUUGCCGAGCCUGCAUGACAUCAUCAAAGGAAACAAAGAGCUCACCGUGGGGACGUUUGGUGUGACAGCAGUCUCGGGACACAUCUAGAAUAAUCGAACUUUUCAUACUGGAGACUUUCUGUUCUUUGAAGAACAUUCUGUGGUAUUUGAAGGGUUUGAGGGGAGGGAGAAAAUCGUAAUGGGAAAAGUAUUCAGAAAUUAUUGUUUCUGCCUUUUAAAAGUAGGUGGGAUUGUGUCCGUCAGUCUUGGUCAAUGAGCUGCAGUUCUGCAAGGCUGAUGACUUCCCACAAGGACAGUGGUGGAAAUUUUCUAAAGACGUUUUUUCCACAGAUAAAUUACUGGUAGUUUGGAAGCCCAGUUCCCUGGGUGGGGUAGGAAUGGAAGCCUGAACCUCUUCCUGUAGCUUUGUUCCUAUUUCUUGCACCUUCCAUAUUUAUGUGCCUUUUGUCUAUUUAUAAUGCACUGGAAGAGGAGGGGGACUUUUCCUGUCAUUUGAUUUCUUUGAUAACUUUGUUAGUUUUUUUGAAGCUGCAAACACUACAAGGCUUUAAAGUGAUCUGCUCCUGGAGCUCAGUAACGUGGGUCAGAUGGUGUGAAGAGCCUGCAGACUUGCCAAGUAGACCUCUGUUUAGCAAACUCACCGGAAACAAGCACUCGCUGGAAUUUUUAAGUCUGUUUUUAGGUAAAUGGUAAUACUGUUAAAUGUUGUUUGCAUUUAAUUUAUUCACACUCAUUUUCAGUAAUUAACUCAAUGAAGAAAACAAAACUACAAGAUCUUUUCUUACAAAUGACUGGUAUUUGCAAAUAAAUUUUUUACAAAUUCACCUUUUAAACAUAUGUAACCACUGGUAAAGGUUUUCCGUAGCUACAUUACAUUUUAAACAUUCACAGUAAGCACCAGUCCUGCAGACAUUCCUUAUUACAAAUAGAAAAUGUGAGCAUUUCUCCAUGAGUCCAGGUCCCAGGUGACACAGUCCCUGCCCAGGGAUGUGCACAGAAUUAGCCAGUGAGUUUGUCGAGCCUGUCAAAUUGGUCAAGUCACAGGGAUUGCUAGUCCUCGGUGUUGGCUUUGUAUGGGCUACAAAUGUGCAGAGUUGUACAUGUGUGCUGUCCAUGUGUCUGUCUUCAUUUUGUCCUUGUAUUUCUUUAAUUGGCAGAGACUGUAUUUGUAUGUAUUUGUACAGUAAUGGGUGAAAGUGGAAAGUUUCUUUUUGAAAGGGAGAGAGUCGACCAUUUUGUGUUGUCAGACUUAAGUUAUAACUUAUUGAGCACUUUUUGUAGUAACUGUUUAAACUUGUCUAAUACCUUUCUGGGUAUUGUUUGUAAUGUGACUUAUUUAAAGCCUUUUUUGUUUAAGUUGCUGCUUUAGAUUAACAGUGUGUUUUAGGUGAUUGACAUUUUUUCUCAGUCUGUACAAUUAGCCAUUCAGAGCAAGAGGGUCUGAUUGCACAGAAACCCACUGAAGAGCGGUUCAGGGGAAGCAGAGGCAGAGCGAAGUCAAGCACUGCAGCACCUGGCCCUGUACAGGGCGACGCUCAGUGUGUAACCACGGAGCUGUAGUGCCGUUAGAAACUGUGAAUUUCCAAAUAAAUCUGAACACUUGUCUUUAUUAA